AUGUCUGAAAAUCCGCUUCAUCAUCUCUUCCAAGCGUUCGGCAAUUUUUCGGAGUGUGUGCAGACACAUCUCUCACAGCUCACUCAACGCCCCGCCGGAAAAAAAUCGCCACCUUCUCUAAGCACAAACCGGAACUCCCUUGUAUCUCUCUCCUCAAAUUCCGCCGCCGACACUCAUAUUUUCCAACCUGCCGAAACCCUUGAAAAGUUUCGUUUAAAUAGUACUACACAAGGUCAAAACUUUGACAGUGUAUACUUGUGUUUCGUGGAUGAAGUAGCACCUUUUUUCUUUCUUAGCUUCAACAAUCGGGAAGUCUUCGAGUCCAAGUGUCCAACUACAAAAGAGGAUCUUGGAAGAGCUACGUGGACUUUUCUUCACACGCUAGCUGCUCAGUAUCCAGAUAAGCCAAGUAGGCAACAGAAGAUGGACGUUAAAGAACUGAUGGCAAUAUUAUCUCGUAUGUAUCCUUGUAAAGAAUGUGCAGAUCACUUUAAAGAAGUUAUAAGAUCAAACCCGGUGGAGGCUGGAUCUCAUCACGAGUUUUCACAAUGGGUAUGCCGUGUGCAUAAUGUUGUUAAUAGAAGCCUAGGCAAGCUUGUAUUCCCAUGUGAACGGGUCGAAGCAAGAUGGGGCAAGUUAGAGUGCGAGCAGCGCGCGUGUGAUCUACAAGGGACUUCAAUGAAUUUCAGUAAUGAAUUGAAAUGAAAUUUGAAAUUUGUAUCGUAUUAACAUUAAUAUGAACGAGUGCAUCAACGGUACUUGUUCGAACAUUUAUAGAAAUACCGAUAUAUGGAAAGUGAAAAAAUCAUUUAUUAGUAUUUUUUUGGGGGAGUUUAUUGAUUAUUAACUAUU